GUGCGGUGCGGUGGGCCGAGUGUUAAAACCGAGAGUCCCGGACUGGCUCCCCCGCGUUCUAGAACGCGCACCGAGAGUUCCAUUCCGGGGAAAGUUCGUGUCUCGGCGUUCCAAAGCUUUGAUCGCAGGUGCCAUGCAGCCCAAUUGGUGUGGUGGCCAGAGCUGAAGGCCAUGGCUGGAAUUCUUUAGGGCACACAUCCUGGACAACAUCACACAAUAAGCCAUCUCGGAGAGCAUCUUGCCCGAGAGAAGAAGCUGCUCUUGCCAAGGACAGUUGUACAGCUGCCAUGGCUAGCAAAAGGAAAUCGACCACUCCAUGUAUGGUUCGAGCAUCUGAGGCCAUGGAGCAGGAACCUCCCAAGGACUGUAGCAUGGGAAGGGCAGUGAGCGGCACUCCAGAGCAGGACGCGAGCAAUGGUUUGGUGGCCGGUAAGGAGAGCUGCGAAAAUGACUGUGAGGUAAUCGAAGGGAAAUCCUCCCCGGCCAACCUGGCCAGGAAACCCCUCGGAGGCUACGAAUGUAAGUACUGCCCCUAUUCCACGCAGAAUCUGAACGAGUUCACGGAGCACAUAGACACCCAGCACCCCAACGUGAUCCUCAACCCCCUGUAUGUGUGCGCCGAAUGCAACUUCACAACCAAAAAGUAUGAUUCCUUAUCCGAACACAACGCCAAACUCCACCCGGGAGAGAACAACUUCAAGCUCAAGUUGAUCAAGCUCAACAACCAGACCGUCCUAGAGCAGUCCAUUGAGGCGACGAGCAGUUCGGUUGCCGUGGAAACCCCCGAAAUCGAGGUGGUUCCUGUCGGGCCUAGUGUUACAAGCAAGACCACCCCAGUGAUUAACGUUGGGAAGCCUAAAGUUGAAGGCAGGAAAGUUUCUUUAGAGAACCACCUGGAUGGGAUUCACCACCUGGUGACGGAGACCACGGAGCCUAUCACAUGCAUUAACGGAGCAGAGCUUCUCCACGAUAUCCUGGCCCACGUGAUGCCCUCUGUGCAACUCCCGCCAAACAUCAACCUGGUUCCCAAAGUCCCCGUGCCGCUGAACAGUACCAAAUACAAUUCCGCACUGGACACCAACACAACCAUGAUCAGCUCCUUCAACAAGUUUCCGUACCCUACGCAGGCGGAGUUGUCGUGGUUGACAGCCGCGUCCAAGCAUCCCGAGGAGCAGAUCCGGAUUUGGUUUGCCACCCAGCGUCUGAAGCACGGCAUCAGCUGGUCUCCGGAAGAGGUGGAGGAGGCAAGGAAGAAGAUGUUCAAUGGCACUAUCCAACCAGCAGCCCAGACCAUUGCCGUUCUGCCCGCUCACGUCGCCGCUGCAAAAAUGCCUCAGCCGAUGAUCCAGACGGCUGUGCCUUGCCAGAUACUUAGCCAGACUGGCCUGGUUUUGACACAAGUCUCAAACGGGUCCAAUGUUUCCCCCAUUGCCCUUGCCGUGGCGGCCAACCAAGGGCAGAAACGGAGCAUGCAGGCCCAGACGGCUGUCCCGGAAGUCAAGCGCCCACACGUUGUCGCCACGGAGGUCUUGUCCAAACAGAUCGCCCCUGCUGCUCCGACGAGCACGGCCGCAGUGCCCUUGUCUCCUGUGCUGCUGGCAAAUGACCGCAAGAAGACCAAGGAGCAAAUAGCAGCCCUGAAGGCGAGUUUCAUUGUCAGCCAGUUCCCCGAUAACGCGGAGGUGUACAGGCUGAUAGAAGUCACGGGCCUCUCCCGAAGCGAGAUCAAGAAGUGGUUCAGCGACCACCGAUACCGGAGCCAGCGAGGGAUUGUCCACAUCACGAGCGAGUCGCUAGCCAAGGACCAGGUUGCUCUUGUGGCUGCAAGGCAGGGGCGGAACUAUAACCCAUUCCCGGACCUCAUUUUCCAGAAGUUCAAAGGAAAAUCCAGAGAACAGCUGGGGGUCCUUGAAGAAAGCUUUAUCAAGAGUUCUUUUCCAACCCAAAGCGAGUUGGAAAGGCUCCGGAACGAAGCUUGCAUGACUAGACGAGAGGUUGAGGCCUGGUUCUCUGAGCGCAGAAAGCUCAGGGAUACUAUGGAACAAGCCGUCUUGGACUUGAUGGGGCCGAGCGUAAGGAAUAAGGAGGAAGGGGCUUCCAAUGGUACCAUCGUUCCGACAGAGCAGUUCGACAUCUGCCAGGCACCGACCUCUUUGUCCAGGUGCUCGACAGCAUUUGCCCCAAGUAGCCAAGAGCAGGCGCACUUGCUGAAGAGCACGUUUGCGAGGACACAGUGGCCGACUCCGCAGGAGUAUGACGAGUUGGCGGCUCAGACGGGGCUCACGAGGACUGAAAUAGUGCGUUGGUUCAAAGAGAACAGGAGCUGCCUGCGAACCGGGACGCUGAAAUGGCUGGACCAAUACCAGCAGCAGUAUGCCGCCGACGGAUAUGACGAGGCAAAAGGACCAGCAGCCACCGAGACGGCAAGUAGCAGUAGCGAGGGGGUUCAGCAACCCAGCAAGGAGCACCAGAAGCCGGAGAAGCAGGACAUAGAGGGCAUGGAGAAAUCUGAAUGCGGUGACCGGGGUAGUCAAGGCAAUAACGAGAACAAGGGAAAUGUGAGUUGGGUGGAAGUCACCAUCGACGACGACGCUUCGGACUGUAUGGACAGCUGGGGUCAAGCAGCACCUGGAAGCAAAGCAGGUUUUGAUUCUGAAAGUAUACCUGGCGAUACCUCUCGCACCUAAGACAGGCAUAUCGUUCAGCUUUCUGGACCUAUCUUUCCACUCUUUUGGAGUACGCCUUCAGUGACCCUGGGAGCAAGCAGGAUCUUCAGAAGCAGGAAAAUCCAGCGGGUUUUGCCUCCUGGUUCAAGGCACGUGGGUACAGUUGUGUUGGAGAAAGGACAGUCCUGUGGAGCGUCACUACAGAUCUCACGGUGCCAAAUUUCCACCAGGGGACUUUUCCAACAAGGGCCCUUGUACAUAGGUUUUUUCCCCACAGCGUCCAACUUGCUUACCUCCCAUUGUAACUUCCCAUUUACAACGUGGAGACGUCUUGCUGCCUUUCCUGGGUGGCGCAUACGCUGUGGAUUCUCAUUGCCAUCUCGAGGUCACGAUUUGGCUUAUCGGUUUUCUUGAAAAUUAGUUACCGCUGCGUCUACAUCCAUGAUGACUUGGAAACCCUUUUGGCCUGCUGCACAUGUUUCUGAAGAUGUUUCUCUAUUUUCGCUGUGAGAGUUUACCCAUCUCAACACAUUUUUACCUGUUCAGUCUAGGGCUAGCUGCUCGUUGCGACUUUCUCAAGAGCCUUUUAUUUGCAGAUGGCUCCCUUUUGUUCCUCUGCAUGCAGGAAAAGCAGCAGAAACAUUUUGUCUUGGAGAGACAGCCGAUCUCUUUAACACAUCCUGCAUUUCACCGUUUGCCAAAACAUCUGGAUUGUGGAGCCUCCAGAGUUGUUGACAGUACGCCUUUGCUUGUUCCAAGCACCUUUUUCUACUACAUGUAGUACAAUCCUUUAAAAAAAAAAGACUUUACAAUGGAGGGCUUAAGCUUCUUAAUAACUGAACUUGCUCACAAUUCUUUGUCUGGUGCAAAGACAGAGACAUAUUUUUGUCAGCCUUAGGUGCUAUAGUGCACAACGUGGUUUCUUGAACCCUCGGCCACUACAUCUUUCAUUUGUUUCUAGGUCCUCAGAAUGCACUUUUGUUCUCCAAACAACUGCUGAGAGAGGGGACGAACUGUCCUAUGGGUACAGCUCAAAUGGUGAAGUUGCUUUGGUUUGGAGAGACAGAUCCAUUUCCCAUCCCACCAUACACUGCACAAAUCUAAUUGCUAGGGAGUUUGAAUUAAAACAAAACACUUUUCUAACUUUUUGCUUGUUUCUUGUAACUCAGUAAUACAAAAGGCUUUAAUGUUUUUGGUAAGCUUU